AUGCGGCGGCGCCUGGUGCACCUGGACCUGAAGGGCGCCGCGCCGCGCGCGCAGUACCUGGAGCAGGUGCUGCCGCUACUCCGCGCCCUGGGUGCCACCGGGCUGCUGCUGGAAUAUGAGGACACCUUCCCGUACACGGGGCCGCUGGAGCGGCUGCAGGCCCCCCACGCCUACAGCCCCGCGGAGCUCCGGGCGCUGCUGAGCCGGGCGCGGGCACAGGGCCUGGACGUGGUGCCGCUGGUGCAGAGCUUCGGGCACAUGGAGUUUGUGCUGAAGCACAGGGAGUUUGCCCAUCUGCGGGAGGUGAAGGCACUGCCCAAUGCCCUGAACCCACACAAGGAGGAGUCACUGGCACUGGUCAAAGCCAUGAUUGACCAGGUCAUGGCCCUGCACGAGGAUUUACAGUGGUUUCACAUCGGAUGUGAUGAGGUCUACUACCUUGGCGAAGGAGAGGAGUCAAAGCAGUGGCUGCAGCAGCAAGACAACACUCCACAGAAGCUGUGCUUAUCUCACAUAAAGGCAGUUGCUACUUGUUUGGCCUCGUCCUACCCCAUGGUGACACCCAUCGUGUGGGAUGACAUGCUCAGGGGCAUGAGUGAGGAGACACUGGCAGAGUCCGGGGUCCCACAGCUGGUGCAGCCCAUGAUCUGGGACUAUGCAGCAGACAUCGACGUGGAGGGCAAAGUGCAGCUCGUAGAAAAAUACCGCAGGUGUGGCUUCUCCAAGGUGUGGUUUGCAAGUGCCUUCAAGGGAGCCACGGGAGUCAAUCAGUCUCUGACACUGAUUGGGCACCACCUCAGGAACCAGCUGGAGUGGCUGCAGGUGGCCAGCAGGAGCCCCGUGGAUGUCCUCGAAGGUAUUGCACUGACAGGCUGGCAGAGGUAUGAUCACUUCUCUGUUUUGUGUGAGCUUCUCCCUGUGGCAAUUCCAUCACUGGCCGUGUGUCUGCAGGCACUAAAGAAUGGUGGCUAUUCUGAAAAGGUUAAAGAAAAUGUGGAAAAUCUCCUGGGAAUGUCUAACCUGGAAGUUGAUACUUUCAUGAGCACAAGUCUGGGCACCUUUCCUGGGAGCAAUAUCCUCACUCUUGUGACACAAGUUAGUUUCUACCUCAAGUCAUCAGUGGAUGAACUUCUGGAAAGGAACAGGUAUGUCACAGGCUGGUUCAGCCCCUACCACAGGAAAAGGAAGAUUGUUCAUCCUAUCAUAAUCCACCACUUCCAGCCAGAUGCAGUCAGUCUCCUCUCCAAGUGGAAUGCUGUGCUGCAAGACCUCCAAGCAGCCAUGGAGCAAGUUUUCCACAGGAGUGCUAUAGAGGAAUGGAUGGAGGAGAAUGUCCACCCCAGCCUACAGAAGCUGCAGCAAGUGGUGGAUGAUUUAGACGAAGCAAUAAAAGCACAAAAUUAGGGGCAUUUCAAUUAGUCUGACUCAUUGCCUGGUUAAAAAUGACUAGUGAAAAUCAGCAACUAGUCCUUGAGCUGGAGUUUGUCAUCCUGAGAGUUGAAGCAUGUACUGUGGUUAAACAAAAGUGACCUGAAGGCAUGAAGGAAUUUAUUAGCAUAAAGCACUUCAACUCAAUUUUCAUGUCUUAACACAUGCCGAGCCUUAAUUCACCUGCCUCUAAGUCAGGUUUACUCCCCUUGGGUAACAGAAUGCAGGAGUGAGUCACAGCUCACUGUCCUCCAAGGCAGGAGAAAAAAACCCCAGUUUCUUCUAAAUUCAGAAUUUGUAGCAACAGACUCUUACAUAACAAUGACCUGGGAAAGUUCUACCCUAAUAUUUAGGAUACUUUUUAAAAUGUUUGGGUCAUUGUGUUCUCUGCCAUAACUCCUUGCCCUGUCAGCUCUGAAUUGUCCUACCAUUCACGGGCAAGGGGGAGCUCCUGAGGCAGUGACACCUGGGCUUGGAGGGAAAAAUGUUGGUUUAUUCUGCUUUAAUGUCAAACUUGUCAUGAUGUAUAGAAAUGUAUUUUGGGGACUUUAGUUGAGAAUUGAGAUAAUCACCAAAAUGGAAAUAAUUCAGAAGUAUGGUAGUUAAGGAUGUUACCCCACAAUGAGUAUUC